AUGUACGUGCUCACACUCUACGACCAGAUUGUCCGGCACGGCCGGAGAGCUCGCACUUGUCAGGUUUCAUAUGCCAAGAUUCUGCUAGAAGCUGGAGCUGAUGUAGAUGAGACAGCUGGACCUGAUGGCAAUGUCCCCGCUGCGGCUGCUGUUACUCCCCUGUUGGCAGCUGCAGCAAUGGGGCACAUGAAGACAGUAUCAAGGCUGCUUUUCUGGGGAGCAGCUGUUGAUGCCAUUGAUUGUGAAGGCAGGACAGCACUCUGCCUGGCAGCAGCAAGAGGCAGCGUUGAGGUUGUUCGCUCCUUGCUGGACCGAGGACUGGAUGAGAACCACAAAGAUGACCUUGGUUGGACUCCACUUCAUGCUGCUGCCUGUGAAGGCCAUCGAACUGUGUGUGCUGCGUUGACUGAACGAGGAAGCAUGGCACGGGUUGGAGAGAUGGACAUUGAAGGACGCACCCCUCUUAUACUUGCUGCUCAGGAAGGUCACUGGAGCACUGUUAGGCUGUUGUUGGAUAGACGUUCUCCCAUUGACCACAGGGCGUAUGAUGGACAUUCUGCCUUGAGUGCUGCCCUCUUGGAGGGCCAUUCUGAAGUUGCAGACCUGCUUAUGAGGCGAGGGGCUGAUACUGAUGUCCGGGACGCAGAGGGAAGGCCUCUGCUUUACCUCCUGGUGUUAGAGGGUCGCCUUGAAAUGGCUACACUCCUCAUAGAGAAAGGUGGGGUGCCCCUGGAGUCCAAAGACCCUGAAGGUCGUACAGCACUCCAUGUGGCUUCAUGGCAGGGAUCUGUGGAGAUGGUAGACUUACUUUUAAGGCAUGGGGCAAACCCUAAUGCACAGGAUACAGAGGGAAGGCCACCAAUUCACUCAGUGGCUUGGACAGGACAUGUAGAAGUAGGGCGCCGUCUCCUGGAAGCCAAUGGUGUCAUUAUAGACCUUUCUUGCCACCAGAAAGCAACAGCUUUGAGCAUCGCUGCCCAGGAGGGACAUGCUAACAUUGUUGCAAUGCUUCUGGAAAGAGGAGCAAACCCUGAUCACAUGGAUAAAUAUGCCCGUAGUCCAAUCAAAGUGGCUGGGAAACAUGGUCACUUUAACAUUGUCAGGCUUCUUGAGAGCUAUGGAGCCAAGCAUUAUGUGGGCCUGUUUACCACAAGCACUUUUUCGCCUAUAAAACCGAACAGGAACUACUCCUCAGGCAUCUCAAAUAGUACAGGUGGUGAAGUCACCACCACUACCUCCUCUUCUUCAAUAUCUUCUCCCGGCUCCACUGCUGAACGAUUCCACUCCAUGCAGAGCUCACAAACCUCAUCUACUUGCCACUCACUGGCCACAGUUCAGACAGUACCAGCUGACAGUCUCAGCUUUAUUCAACAGAUCCAACAGCACUCACUUCCUCGCAGUCGUAGCCGUCCCUCAACCCUCCCCCCACCUGGGAGCUCAAGCAUUGGCAGCCUCCAUGGAAGCAGCCAGAGGCAUCCUAAAGGCAGCUCUCCCACUGUUUGCACAGUCACUGCCAUGGUGCAUAACUACGAACUGCCUCAGAAAGGUUUGUCAUCUGGACUUGAAUAUCACGAAAAAAUGUACAAACAAAACUCACACCUUAUGAAAGGUGAAAGGACUACGUACACUGGUGGUAAAUGGCAAUCAGUCAUGACCUCCCUCGGGAUAAUGCCAGGGCAAGACAACCCUGGAGUAGGUGCUAAAGGCCGAGAGAGUCCUCCUCUGGGCUACCCAUAUAGGCUUCAGAGCCCAUUUCAAGGGAAAGCUUGGGAUUCUGUACCCCAAAAGAACAUUUUGUCACCUAAUUGCUACAGUUUUACCCCAGUCUCACCCUGUAGUGCCUUGCCAGAAGAUGUUAUGGUCGCAAUGACAACUGCUGAUCCACAGCUUAAUCUGAAACAGGCCAUUAAACUGCAGUUUGAGGGUCCCACCAGUGCAGCCUUAUACAAGAGAGAGACUCCUCUGUGACUGCCUGUUUUACUUUGUAUGAGUUUUUGGGUUAGUGCUGAUACAAUUUGGUUUUACAAUUCAUACACAGUCACUAAGAGAUAUCAAUUUAAAUAUUUCAGCAAUAUUCUGAAUACUUUCUAGUUCCACUUUCAGUGUAAGGACUUUUGUAGUAUUUUAAAUUAAUAUUGUUGGAAAUUGACAUUAAUCACUCAGGAUUGAAAAUUGACAGAUAAAUUGUGGAUGGAAAUAUUCCAUUUACGCAGGCUUAGUUAAAGGUAAUUUCUGGUAUCAAAAAAAACAAUCGUAGUCUCUGAAGGAAUUCAUUUAUAGCAUUCACAGAAAUGUUUCAUUAAAAUAGGAGUAUAUGUAAAAUAGGAAAUGUUUGCAGUUCUAGGAGUUCUCACAAGGUUUCAGUGGCUUUCUGGAUGCAGAUGUGAAACAAAGUCAUCUGUUUCUUAACCACAAGCGUCAGAAACUUGCAGAGGAAGUAGGAACUGAAUGACAUCAAAGCUUACAUUCCUGCCUUUCCGUUUUGUUUGUUACUGUAUGUAGAGCUCUGACAAAUGUGUGCUUUUUCAUUUAAAGUAUAAAUAACUGUGAACUCAGAUUGUAUUUUCCCCUCUGUUGAGGUCUUUAUUAGCUCUACAUUGAAAACACUGCCUAUGAUAGAACACCAGUUUCUAGGUUUAGAUAUGUUGUUUUCUGCUGGUAAAGAUCCCCAAACAUCCUUUGUUUAGGAGCUCAAAGCUUGUGUCCUUGGCCUUUAUUGAAGCCUUGUAUUUACCAUAAACUGACCUACAUCCUCCAGAGGCCUGUUGCUGAAAACCAAAAUCAUUUUUGCAGAAAUGCAAGCCUUCCAAAGCCUAACCCAGAGCAGUUUUUAUGAUACAAACUACAAAAGACAGCCAAGUUAACUGAAUCAAGUUGGCUCCCUGCAGCAUGCCUGUGAGCAAACAGGAAGGAAAGGAAAAGUUGGACCAUGAAAAACUGAGGGUUGAUGUAGGAGGGUUGUUGAUGUGUAUGUGAUCAAAAUGCAUUUCUAGUUAUUUUUCAUU